GUCCCAGCUCAGCAAUGUGCUCCUCAUACCGUCCGCAGCGCAGAUCUGUGCCACAUGUACUGUAUAUCCCCGGUGACAGCUGAGCAAACUUAUGAAAUAACAAUUGGGGAUGAUUAUAUUGGUUCUGAGGAUUAGCACAGCAGGUAGCCGUGUUGGCACAGGGCAGGGUUUGGGCCGAAGGAUAAAUACACAUUCUUUUUAUUAUUGCAGCUAAUGGGAAUCUGCUAGACUUUGAAGCAUAGAAAAGGCUCACUGGCCACCUGUGAGCUAAUCACACGGAUUUGCCUCAUUCUGUAUUUCAGCUCACUUGGAGCCUGUAAUCUAAUUUCCAAACAGAGAUGAGAAGAGCGAACAAUUCAUUUUCUACUUUACAUGGCUGUGCUGGUAAACUUUUAAUCCUUUCAGAAUUACAGUUCCUUGCAACGUGGAGGUAACAACACAGAGCCCUGUGUGCAAGACGUGAGUCUUUGAAUGCACCAUUUGCUGGAUAAUAAUUAGCCUCAGCACGGCUCAACAUGAAUCAAAAUAAAAGUUCGAAGCGUUGGACGUUUUUCAAACGAUGUCUUGGAGCAUGCAUAGACUAAAGAUUGCAGUUUUCAUAGAAAAUUCCUGGGUUUUCAACUUCAAAAGAACCCCACAGCAGUCGGUGUUGUCUUCAGCCCCCAGCGUUACACCCUGCUGUUGGUGUCUCUUCCAUUUGUAGGACAUGGUGAUGUCAGUCUCAUAUCCUACCUAAUUAAUUAUCUUGAUAGUGGAAGGAUGUGUGUGGCAGUUUUGGUCUUACUCUGGAGUUCGUUGCUCAUCGUUCAUUUUGGAACAUAUGCAUGGUACCUGUUUAGGCUGGAUGCCGAGCUGAUACAGUAGCUGAAGGUGCUUAGAUUUGUUAAAGCCCAGGUGCUGCUGUGCUUUAAGAUGCGUUUAUGCGACUGUUUCUCAGAUAGUUUCUCUGUUUUAAAGAAAAAAAUCCAGCUGACAUUCUGCUCAGCUGCUUCCGUUAAGGGCAAGUCAAUAAGUGAGCACUGAGUAUAGGUGAGCACUGAGGUUUAUGAUGUGCAAAAGCCCUUUCACACCAAUUCAGCAUUUUUUUAGUGUUCUGUAGGGGUAGAAGCCAACACGUACUUUGGUAGCUAAUCCUUGCUUGCUCCCAAGUCCCCCCACGCCAGCUUUGCACUUUCACUAGGAUUUUGCUUUCAUGUUGGUAGUAGAAUCGUAGAAUCACAGAACGGCCUGGGUUGCAAAUGACCACACUGCUCAUCCAGUUCCAACCCCCUGCUGUGUGCAGGGUCGCCAACCAGCAGCCCAGGCUGCCCAGAGCACAUCCAGCCUGGCCUUGAAUGCCUGCAGGGAUGGGGCAUCCACAGCCUCCUUGGGCAACCUGUUCCAGUGUCACCACCCUCUGGGUAAAAAACUUCCUCCUAAUAUCCAACCUAAACCUCCCCUCUCUCAGUUUAAAAUCAUUCCCCCUUGUAAUAAAAAAAUAGAGCCACAAAUUUCAUUUUCUGCAAACUGCUGUGAGCCGUGCUCACUGAAGUCUGUUUGUUCAAGCAGAAGGGAUAUAUGGUUGUAGAAGUGAUGUCCCCAAGAGCACAGUCAGACCUUUGCUGCAAGUUACAGUGUGAUCGUCCGGAGGGGUUAAGGAGAGGACUUCUCUGAUUGCAUGGGGAUAUCUGGAGGCUCACACAUUGCUCCUCCGGGUCGCUCCGAGGGCAGACGCUGUUCAGUGAGUCAGCAGUCCUAUCAAAAACUCUCUUUUGCAAAACCUUCCUGAACAUAUUUGCAAGAAAAAAAAAAAAAAAAAAAGGCCAGUGUCAUGGGUAAAUGCAGAGUGGUUCAUCUGAUUCUGUUAGAGCAUCUCACGUUGCGUGGAGCAAUUAGAAUAUAAUGGACACUUUACUGUACCAGAAUGUAUUCUACCAGGAGGCCCCCAGCUGUCCUGAGGUAUGUGAAACCAGAGCUGAUCGACGGCACAGCCUUUCUGAUUGCAGAUAACAUUCACACAGAUUGACUGGCACAAAAUGACAUCUCUCUGAGACCUGCCAGGUUCCCGUCAUCACCCCACCUCCGUGUCUGGAAAUUAAUUUGAUUUAAGCAAAUAGAUUUCAUUCCGUUUGUUUAUACAGUUUCAGUGGCUGGGAAGGCUGCCAUCCAACUGCAGUCCGGGUAGUUCAAGUGAUUGGAGCAAGCCAGUCAAUAUCCAGCAGAUGUCAAGAGCAGGCUGGGGAGAGCCAUGGUCAAGAAAACAAGAUGUCAAGGCAAAGCAAACCUUUUCAAAUAGUUCUGUAGUCACCUUGCAGAGGUAGAUAAGGCAUCAUAAGGUGUUCAGACCAUAAGGGGCUCUUAUGACCUGCACCAAAUUAUGCAGGAGGUAAUGAUGCUCCUCUAUAAAUGGUUGUAAUAAAAAAGCUGAACACGUUUCAGUUCUUGAAUUACCAUAUAGGCUUCAGUGAAAUGUCACAUUCCUGUUUACAGAAUGCUGCUGAAUGGUGUAAGAACAGAACUGGUGUGUGCCAAAGAGCCACUGGUGGUCUUGUGUUUUUCUUUCUUGAUUUUCUAUUCCUAUUAGUGUAAACUCUUUCAAGUCCUCUACCGCUGUCCCAGUUGGGAGGAAUGUGGUACACAGUCAUGUUUAGCUACAGAGGAAAGCUUUUAUCAGCCAUGCUCUGAAAGCAGGGAAACACAAUAUGGGCUGGCAGAUCUUUAGUUACAUCACAGCUGUACGUACAAACCUGUUCAGCGAUUUUACCCAUUUUUCUUCCAUUUUAAAAUAAACUCAUGGGAUGUGUUUUAGCACAACUGAAGAAAUUCAGGCAAUUUAAAAAGGGAUGAGCAUCACUACAAAGCUAACAGAGAUGUUUACGGAGAUGCUGUGUUGAGCAGGGAGCCUGAACUCUCAGUUCUACACUUACCAAUAUGACCCAAACAGGAAGAAUCCUAUAAGCAAUGCUUCCUUGAACAGUUGGCUGCCAUCAGCCCUUUCCUCUGUAAUACUGGAAACACAGCAAAACGUGCCAAAGUGUGAGAAUACUGCUAAGAAACACUGAGCGUUGGAAUUGCGAUUUGGAGGCUUAGUGAAGUUUUCCUGUAGACACAAAGGACCAAAACAGUUGUAAUUAAAAGUGUGCAUGGCCGCGUUCCUGCUGUGCUUCGCCUCAGUGUUAGCAAGAGGGGCACUGGGGUUUUGUGCUCUGUGUUUUUACUGACAUCGUGCCUUUAAAAUCAGGAUUGAAAAUUCUUGGCUCUGAAGAACAAAUUCACAAAGGAAACAGUGUUAUGUGUCUGGUGAGUUAUGGCUAUGACACCUCUCAGGGGGAAUAAAUGUGUUAUUUUUCUAUAUAAACACAGCACACUGAUCUUUUUUGUCCUUCAUGUAUUAAACUGAGCUGUCAGGCUACAUUUGAUCAGUGUUCAUAAGGUGAUGCUUUUCAAGCUGCUUUUGAAAGCCAGUUUUAUUCGAGCUUAUUGAAGUAAUCCUGUUGCAUAUGAGCGGGAUGAGCGUUCGGUAGAGCACUGCAGCUCCAUGGCCAGAACAAACCGAUAGUAAGGAGAGGGGCUGACAGAGAAGCCCCAAACAUUUUUCUCCCCAACCCCUGUGGUGGAACUGAUCUUGGGAUAGGGUUAUCCCAUCCCUAUUGAUAACUGGAGGGAAUGGUGAAGCCUCACUCUUCCCUGUUCUUUACUGCUUGCUGUCCUGGCCUGCCACCUUCUUGCCUUUUGGCAGCUCUGAGAGGCAACUGGAUGGGCCGUGGGGUGCUGUCUGACAGCCAGAGGGCUGAGGAAAGGCACCGUUUGGGAGCCAGCCCAGCCUGGCGUUGGGCCGGGCAGACAUUUCUGAGUCCCUCUGCAGUGUCAAAGUAGCGAAGAAAUGGCUGUCAUUUCUGCAGGUGCUGCAAAAAAGACCCAGCAAGCUGCUGGGCAAAAGGCUGCUGCAGAAGCUGAGCGGUUGCAAAGCAAGGAGCAAAGGGCUGUUGCCAGCAAAGUGUGGCUGAAGAAUGGAGAACAAGGAGUUGGGUUGUUUUCAUCAUCAUCUCUUUGCAAUGCAGGGUUGGUUUAAGAGCUGCUUAAGUGUGAAGUCUGUGCUUCAAGCUGGUCAGUGUAAAAGCCAGGAGGGCAAGCAGCAGCACAUACACAUGCUGUAAGGUUGUUAGAGCUGUUAAACAGUGAAGAAACCUCAUCCAGCUGAGAGAGCAAGGAUUGAGAUCGAGUCUAGACAUACCUGAGGCGGUGCAUGUUAAAUCAGAGCAUGCAGGCCUCAACAGGACGCACUGCAGUAGCUGGGACAAGCCGAGACCAGCAGCGGGGCAGUGCUGCAGAUGGUUUAAUGCAAACCUUCCCCAGGUCUGCCCCAGCUGGAUGGGAAUGGCGACGUGGUAUGGAGCCGAGGAGCUGAGCGAUAAAGAGUUAGGAGUCAGUGCGCUCGCUGAAAAUGCCGACCCUGGUGCUAGGGGGCCAGCUGUCCCAAAAAUAUCAGGACUAGAGAGGAGCCAAGAGAAGAGCCAGGACAGCAGCAAAGACCCAAUACUUGAGCCCGUGGUGCCUAAAGACCCCUGCCCUCAGGUGGCCCAGCCUCUGGCCCAGCCACAGCUGGAACCGCAGCCGGAGGUACCUUGCCCCAGCCCCGCGCUCGCCCCACGGCCGGAGGCUCCGGCCCCACCAGCCCCACCGCCGGCCGCACAGCUGCCUCCAGCCCCGGAGGAACCCACCCGUCCGCCCGCGCCGCAGCCUCCUGUGCAGCACCCGCCCCGGCCGCAGUCCCCGGUGCAGCCGGCCCACCCCAACCUCCCUGCAGUGCAGCCCCAUCCGGCCGCUCAGAGCCUCUCGCAGCCACUCUCUGCCUACAACAGCAGCAGUUUAAGCCUCAACAGCUUAAGCAGCAGCAGAAGCAGCACUCCUGCCAAGACUCAGGCUCCCCCUCCACACAUAUCUCACCACCCCUCCGCCUCACCAUUCCCCCUCUCUUUACCAAGCCACAGCCCACUGCAUACCUUCACGCCCACCCUCCAGCCCCCCGCACACCCACAUCACCCCAAUAUGUUUGCCCCUCCUACGGCUUUGCCUCCUCCACCUCCAUUGACGUCAGGGACCCUGCAGGUUCCAGGACACCCAGCUGGUAGCACUUACUCAGAACAAGAUCUUCUCCGUCAGGAACUAAACACGCGGUUUUUGGCCUCGCAGAGCGCGGAUCGCGGGGCCUCCCUGGGCCCACCGCCGUACCUGAGGACCGAGUUCCACCAGCACCAGCACCAGCACCAGCACACACACCAACACACACACCAGCACACCUUCACGCCUUUCCCUCACGCCAUCCCACCCACUGCCAUCAUGCCGACGCCAGCACCGCCCAUGGUGCGUACCCCAGGCAGAAAUUUUGACAAAUACCCUACAAAAGUUGACCCCUUCUACCGUCACAGUCUGUUUCACUCCUAUCCUCCAGCUGUAUCAGGUAUUCCUCCCAUGAUCCCUCCAACGGGCCCCUUUGGCUCUCUUCAAGGAGCAUUCCAACCCAAGACUUCCAAUCCUAUCGAUGUUGCAGCCAGACCUGGAACUGUCCCACAUACCCUUCUACAGAAAGAUCCACGGUUGACAGAUCCGUUCAGGCCCAUGUUGAGGAAACCUGGGAAGUGGUGCGCUAUGCACGUCCACAUUGCCUGGCAGAUAUACCAUCACCAACAGAAAGUCAAGAAACAGAUGCAGUCAGAUCCACACAAACUGGACUUCGGCCUGAAACCUGAAUUUCUGAGCAGGCCCCCAGGCCCCAGCCUUUUUGGAGCCAUCCACCACCCCCAUGACCUGGCCCGGCCCUCGACUCUCUUCUCUACAGCCAGUGGGGCUCAUCCAGCCGGCACCCCUUUUGGCCCUCCACCUCACCACAGCAACUUUCUCAACCCAGCUGCUCACUUAGAGCCUUUCAAUCGACCAGCUUCCUUCAGCGGUCUCACUGCGGUGGGUAGCAAUGCCUUCGGGGGACUCGGCAACCCGACAGUCACACCCAACUCAAUGUUCGGCCACAAGGAUGGCCCCAGUAUGCAGAGCUUUAGCAACCCUCACGAGCCCUGGAACCGACUGCACCGAACUCCUCCUUCGUUCCCGACCCCUCCGCCCUGGCUGAAGCCAGGAGAGCUGGAGCGCAGUUCAUCUGCUGCAGCUCAUGACAGAGAUAGAGAUGUAGAUAAACGAGACUCAUCUGUUAGUAAAGAUGACAAAGAAAGAGAGAGCAUUGAGAAAAGACACUCCAGCCAUCCUUCGCCAGCACCUAUCCAUCCAGUAAACUCCCUCGGACAUAAUCGCAGCUCCAAUGAGCAGAUCAGGAGCCAUCUGAAUCCUGAGGUUCGAGAAAAAGAGAAACCCAAAGAGCGAGAGAGGGAUCACUCCGAAUCUCGGAAGGAAAUUAAUGUUGAAGAGCACAAGGUGAAGGACAACUAUAUUUCAGAGAAAGAAAGCCUGAGCCAUGAAAGCCGAGUGGUGGAAGAGUCGAAGCAAAUGUCCAGGGUUCCUUCACCCUAUGCUAGGCCACCUGUUGUGGAAAGCAACAGGCCUAACAGUACUUCAAACCGUGAGGCUGAGAGGAAGAAUGAGCCAGCGUACGAUAAUCCGAAGAAAAGCAAUGAAGUCAAAGUGAAGGAGGAGCGGAAGGAAGACCAUGAUGCUCAACAUGAGGGACCUCAGACUCACAGGUCGUCUGAUCAGCCACCACCUAUAUCUACAUCUAACGUCCAUCCAAGUCCUUUAGUGUCUAUGCCCAUGACUGUAGGUGUAACUGGAAUACAUCACAUUAACAGCAUCAGUGGCCUGGAUAGGACUCGCAUGAUGACCCCUUUUAUGGGAAUUAGCCCAAUUCCUGGUGGAGAACGCUUCCCCUAUCCUUCUUUCCACUGGGAUCCAAUGAGAGAUCCCUUAAGAGAUCCUUACAGAGAGCUGGAUAUUCAUCGGAGAGACCCCCUGGGCAGAGACUUUUUGCUAAGAAAUGACCCCCUUCAUCGUCUUUCUACGCCAAGAUUAUAUGAAGCCGACAGAUCGUUCAGGGAUCGGGAACCUCAUGACUACAAUCACCACCACCAUCACCACCACCCUCUCUCCGUUGACCCUCGACGUGAGCAUGAGCGGGGCAACCACUUGGAUGACAGGGAGCGGUUGCACAUGCUCAGAGAGGACUACGAACAUGCACGCCUGCACUCAGUUCACCCGGCCGCCUUGGAUGGACACCUGCCUCACCCAAGCCUCAUCACACCAGGACUUCCUAGCAUGCACUACCCCAGAGUCAGUCCCCCGACAGGACACCAAAAUGGUAUCCUCAAUAAAACUCCCCCCACAGCAGCUCUCAGUGCCCCUCCACCGCUUAUUUCUACGCUGGGGCCUCGGCCUGGGUCUCCAAGAAGGACUACUCCUCUGUCAGCAGAGAUGAGAGAGAGGCCUCCUUCUCACACCCUCAAGGACAUUGAAGCUCGAUAAGCAGAGCAAGACUAAAUAAAAAGCAGAGAGGGACAGAACGUUGUAAAUGAACAUAAUAUAAAGACCUUCUUACUAGUCUAUUGAUACAGACUGGGAAUGUGACCCACUGUACAAUAUGUAUAGACCUGAGUGCAAAGAUUUUGAAAUGUUUUUUUUGUAUAUUAUAUGUUGAAAUUUUCCAGAUCUUUUAGCCAAGUCCAUACGUUCCUCGUGUCUCCUACUCUAUUUUAUUUCUAGUUUAAAAGUUUCAAAAUUUGAACUGAAGAACAAGAUGUUAAUCUGAAUGAUUUGCCUAGAAACAAGCCACCACCAAUGACAACCGUACAAAGCUCUUUCAGACCAGAAGUGAAGACAUUUGUAGAUAUUUAUGUAAAAAGAGUGCUUCAUGGGUUAAUGGUUCAUAUAUGCAAAAAGGGUAAGAUGAAAGCUUUACUUUGUACAAAUGUAAAUAGAUAAAAUUAAGUAACAUAAUACAUUAAUACUUCUUAAACUGUGCUAUUUGCAAACUUAAUAUUGAUCAACACAGUCUGCUUAUGCUGUGUUACAUAUAUUGUUAUAGACAGCUAAACCCCUUCAACUAUGCAAUGAAUUCUAAGGCUUUUCACAAAAGCCUUUAUAACUCAAAGGAGCCUUUUCAACACACAACAUACUUAAAGUCAUAUUUUCCCUGAACAAGUUCAUCUAUACUAGCAACCUAUUUCUCCUGCUUGUUUUGAUGAAGAAACAGCCCACGAGAAGUGUAGUUUUCUGUCUGAACCCCUGCAUCAAGAUGCUGAUGUUACUGUACCUCAUGUAUUCCUUAGAACGCGGCAGGUUAGCAAUCUAUAAUCACUGAUACUGUCAUGGCAAACAGGUUUUCAGUCACAUUAAUCUGGGUUAAACCAAGUAAUAAUCAAAUACUGGCUGUUUUCCAGAACUUUCGUCACUUACCACGUCAGAUUUAUUUUUGGAAGAACAUCUGGUAAUAACCAUUCAUGUCUGUGUCUCAUUUUUGUCUGUACGCACCCUUUUUUUUUUAAGUGAUGUUUAGCUACACUGAAGCAAAUCCUACGAGAAAGCCAAUACUUUUCUAGAAAAAUGAUGGAUAUGUUUUCACUGUGGAUCAGUAGUUUAAUUAAUGAACUCCGCUGCAGAUUUCAUAAUGCAAUUUGUUGUAUUUCAGUUGGUAAUAAAGUCUGUGAAUAGUUAACAGGUCAGCCUUGUUGUUCCCUAAUCACAGAAGACGUGAAUUCACAUGAAGAACGUGGUCCUUUUUAACAAAAUGCAUCAUUCUUCCGAAAUCUGUCUUUUCAUAACACACUUUUUUAUAAUGCAUUAAGUUUCUUAUCUAAAUAUUUGGAGAGAAUAUGACUUUAUCAGAGAGAAUUCAAUAUCUUGUCUACUGGACUGUAAAAUAUAUGUAUGAAAUAAAAUUAGUUCCAUUGGUCUACUAGUGUAUUAAAGUGCUAUCUGAAGUUGUUAUCCUGUUUUGGCAAAAAAAAAGAGAAAAAGAAAAAAAAGAAAAAAGGUAACUACAGGCGGUUGUUUCUAAUGAUCAGAGAUCUAUUUUAGUAGUCAACUGAAGGUUUAGUUGUGAGCUUCGGAUUUUGUGAACUCCAGAUGUUGUGCGGUGUUCUUUUUUUUGUUUUCUUUUUCUUUUCUCCUUUCAUUUUCUUUUUUUGUUUUGUUUUGUUUUGUUUUGUUUUGGGGUUUUUUUUAAAGAACAGAAGGAAAAAUACAAAACAAAGAAAAAAAAAAAACCCAACCCUGAAGAAUAUGUACACUGGAACCGUAGCGGUAGCUUUCAGUAUUGUAAAGAGAUUGUUAUAUACAAACCUUUUUGCUGUUUAUCCUGUAUGUAAUAAAGUCCUUUCUAGAUCCUAUGUGAAAAGAAAAGUGAAGCAGCUCUCAAUCUUCAGCAUGUUUCCUCAUCAGCGAAGACUUGUGUAAUGUAAAUUGUGCCAUGUUAUUAAAAAAUGUGAACUAAA